AUGAGGGGGAAACUGGAUUUCACCAGCCAGCUGUUCUUCAUCAACCUGGCCAUAUUCCCCACCAGUCGACACCACAACGUCCUAUGGGGGCACCCGGACAGCACCCAGAUAGCACCCAGACAGCACCCAGACAGCCCCAGACAGCACCCAGACAGCCCCCAGACAUCACCAAGACAGCCCCCAGACAUCACCCAGACAGCCCCCAGACAGCCCCCAAACAGCACCCAGACAGCCCCCAGACAUCACCCAGACAUCACCCAGACAGCCCCCAGACAGCCCCCAGACAGUAUUCAGACAUCACCCAGACAGCCCCCAGACAGCCCCCAGACAGCACCCAGACAGCCCCCAGACAGCCCCCAGACAGUAUUCAGACAGCACCUAGACAGUAUUCAGACAGCCCCCAGACAGCUCCCAGACAGCCCCCAGACAGUAUUCAGACAGCCCCCAGACAGUAUUCAGACAGCCCCCAGACAGCACCCAGACAGCACCCAGACAGCCCCCAGACAGCCCCCAGACAGUACCCAGACAGCACCCAGACAGCCCCCAGACAGCCCCCAGACAGUAUUCAGACAGCCCCCAGACAGUAUUUCAGACAGCCCCCAGACAGCCCCCAGACAGCCCCCAGACAGUAUUCAGACAGCCCCCAGACAGGCCCCAGACAGUAUUCAGACAGUAUUCAGACAGCCCCCAGACAGCCCCCAGACAGCAUUCAGACAGCACCCAGACAGCACCCAGACAGCACCCAGACAGCCCCCAGACAGCAUUCAGACAGCACCCAGCCAGUAUUCAGACAGCACCCAGACAGUAUUCAGACAGCACCCAGACACCCCCCAGACAGUAUUCAGACAGCCCCCAGACAGCAUUCAGACAGCACCCAGACAGUAUUCAGACAGCACCCAGACAGCCCCCAGACAGCACCCAGACAGUAUUCAGACAGCACCCAGACAGUAUUCAGACAGCACCCAGACAGUAUUCAGACAGCACCCAGACAGUAUUCAGACAGCACCUAGACACCCCCCAGACAGCACCCAGACAGCAUUCAGACAGCACCCAGACAGUAUACAAACAUCACCCAGACAGCACCCAGACAGCACCCAGACAGCACCCAGACAGUAUUCAGACAGCACCUAG